GAUGGCAGGUUCGGCAUAGUACAAGGACAAAACGGUAAUUAACCAAAAUACCAUUUUAUUAUUAUCAUCAUCAUCAUUAUUCUCCGGCGUGGUUAGGGUAUACUGAUACGCGAGUCCGGUAACACCAAAAAUCACCCACAAAACCCUAAUCAAUCCUUCAAAUUUCAUCAAUUGUAAAUAUUACCAUAAGAAAUGAGUCCUGUAGAUGACGGCAGUUAUCGAUGAUACGGUUUUAAAUGGAGUUACAAAUCCAGGUGGCGCAGGCGGUUCACGUCUUAAAUCACGACACGCAGUCGUGUAAUCGAGUCUCGGCUAACCAGUGGCUCGUUCAGUUCCAGCAGACCGAUGCUGCUUGGGAGAUUGCUACCUCUAUUUUGACAUCUGAUCAGCCUGUUUCCGAUUUUGAAGUUGAGUUCUUUGCUGCUCAACUGCUUAAGCGCAAGAUCCAAAAUGAAGGACAUUGUCUGCAUCUGGAAGCAAAGGAAUCUCUUGUUAAUGCUCUUCUUCUGGCUGCUAAAAGAUUCAGUUCAGGACCGUCCCAGCUCUUAACACAAAUUUGUCUGGCUCUAUCGACACUCAUACUUCAUGCUGUGGAGUACUACAAACCAAUUGAGAAGCUAUUCUACAGUCUUCAGAAUCUUCAAGGUCAGGAUGAUGGCAAUAUUGUAGUUUUGGAAAUGCUCACAGUCUUGCCAGAAGUUGUUGAAGAUGAAAGUGCUAAUUAUAAAACCAAAUCUGGUCAAAAAAUUGACUAUGGCCCAGAGCUACUAUCACAUACAUCGGCAGUAUUAAAGUUCCUACUGCAGCAAUCUGAAGAGAGCUUUGAUCGUACCAUUCAGCUACAUGAAAGGAGCAGAAAGAUUCUUCGUUGUUUGUUGAGUUGGGUUCGGGCUGGAUGUUUCUCAGACAUUUUACCUGUCUCACUGCUAGACCACCCCCUUCUUAAUUUUGUUUUCAACUCUUUGCAGGUUUCAUCCACGUUUGAUCUAGCAAUUGAGGUUUUGAUUGAGCUCGUUGGUCGGCAUGAGGGACUGCCACAAGUUCUUAUAUGCAAAGUAGGAUUUCUUAAAGAGGUUCUUCUUCGAGCAUUUAGUGGCGGAGAUGAAAAAGUAAUUAGUGGUAUUGCAUGCUUGAUGUCUGAGAUUGGCCAGGCUGCUCCAAGCUUGAUUAUUGAAGCCCGUUCUGAAGCUCUUAUGCUGGUGGAUGCACUUUUAAGUUGUGUGUCUUUUCCAAGUCAAGAUUGGGAGAUUGCAGACUCAACUUUGCAGUUCUGGUGUAGUCUUGCAAGCAAUAUUGCUAGAAUGGAUGGCGGGAUCACCGAAAAUUGCAAACAUGUAAAAGACGUUUUUUCUCCAGUAUUUUUAGCACUGUUUGAUGCUCUUCUGAUGCGUUCUCAGGUAGAUGAUUCAACAUAUACUUGUGAGACUGCAACAGGGGACUUGCCGGAUGGCCUUGCGCAGUUUAGGUUGAAUUUAGUCGAGGUUUUGGUCGACAUUUGCCAGAUUUUAAAUUCCGCUGUAUUUUUGCAAAAGAUUUUUUCUGGUGGUUGGUUGUCUUCAAAUGUACAAAUUCCUUGGAAGGAGGUGGAAACCAGAAUGUUUGCUCUUAAUGUGGUGGCUGAUGUAGUACUGCAUGAAGGCCAAACAUUUGAUCUCUCCAUGGUUUUGCACUUGGUGACAAUUUUGUGUGACAGGGAAUCAUAUGAACCAAAAGGCUUUAUGUCUAUUGUACAUAGAUCACUUGCGGAUGUUAUUGGUUCCUAUUCGAAGUGGAUGUCAUCUUACAUAACUGAUGCCAGAUCAUUGCUUUUGUUUUUUGCAGCUGGUAUGUCAGAACCUUUAUGCUCACACGCGUGUGCAACUGCUUUCCGGAAGUUUUGCGAAGAUGCUACUGCGGUUAUGCACAAACCUUCUAGCUUAGAAAUGUUAAUGUGGAUUACAGAGGGACUGGAAAAAUGGCACUUACCUCUGGAAGACGAGGAAGAUGUUAUUGGUGCUAUUACUCAGAUACUCGGAUGUCUUCCUAACAUGGAAUUACGAAACAAUUUAUUACUUAAGUUGCUUGCUCCUAGCUUUGGAUCUAUUAGCAAACUUAUUGAGGGGGAUCAUGUCCAUUCUAGGCAACUACCAGGUGCUUAUACUCAUCUUGUGAACUCUGCAGCAAGGGGUUUUUUCAGGAUAGGAACGGUUUUCAGUAAUCUUGUAACAACACCCUCUACAUGUCAUGAUAUAGACAAUUCUUUGAUUACUAUUCUCGGGAGUUUUUGGCCUCUGCUUGAGAAAUUCUUCCAGUCGAAGCACAUCGAGAAUACGAGUUUAUCCAUGUCAGCAUGCAGGGCGCUCUCACAAACAAUCAAGUCUGCAGGCCAUCAUUUUGCGACACUGUUGCCUAAAGUUUUAGAUUAUUUAUCAACGAAUUUUACUUCAUUUCAGACACACGAGUGCUACAUUAAAACAGCUUCUGUUAUAAUUGAAGAAUUUGGUAAUAAAGAGGAAUACGGACAGUUAUUCAUCAGUACGUUUGAAAGAUUUACAAAUGCAUCAUCAAUAAUGGCUUUAAAUUCUUCGUAUGUUUGUGAUCAAGAGCCUGAUCUUGUCGAGGCUUAUUGUAGUUUCACAUCGAUUUUUCUUCACAACUCUCCAAAGGAAGUAGUAGCUUCUUCUGGUCCCCUUCUAGAAGUUUCCUUUCAGAAAGCAGCUAUAUGCUGUACGGCUAUGCAUCGCGGAGCAGCACUUGCAGCAAUGUCUUAUAUGUCUUGUUUCCUAGAUCUUAGCUUGAGUUGGUUGCUGGAAUCAGUGACAUGUAACUCUGAAUCAUUAGUUACGUCAAUGGCUGUUCAUGUAAUAUCUCGCAGUGGUGAAGGACUUGUUUCAAAUGUAGUAUAUGCUUUACUCGGCGUCUCGGCAAUGUCAAGGGUUCACAAAUCAGCAACGAUUUUGCAACAGCUGGCUGCGGUAUGCAGUUUUAGCGAGAAAACAAAGUGGAAAUCUGUUUUAUGUUGGAGUUCUUUACACGGAUGGCUACAUGCUGCGGUGAGGAGUCUACCUGGGGAGUACUUAAGGCAAGGGGAAGCGGAAUCUUUAGCGGGGGUAUGGAUAAAGGUUUUGGGUGAUGCAGGAAUAGAUUAUGUUGAAAGCAGAACAAGCGAUGGAGAGAAAAACCACAAACAUAUGAGGGGAAAAGGUGGGAGGAUACUAAAGUCUUUAUUUAGAGAAUUUGUUGAUAGUCAUCGGAACAUUGCUACAUGUUAAACACAUUUUUGCCCUUCAUUGUUUGUUGUAACAUCCCAGUCAAAUAAUAUGCAUUUUUGAACCCAGAAUAUUGAUUGUAUGACCACUCAACAUAAUUUUUGGGAAUUUUAUUAAAUUUUAUCUUACAAUCC